AUGUGGAUAUUGCCGGUUCUUUUUGUCGGAAAAAUAGCUGCAGAAUCGGUAUGCGAUUGGAAGAAAUGCCACAGAAAUCGAGUCUGCGAGAGGGGACGAUGUCGUCGACCGACUGCAAGGACAGUUUGCGAUCUUGGCUACAUCCCUAACGCUGCUGGGGAUUGUGUGGUCAAUCCAUGCAUCGGUCAUGCUUGCCACAAUAAUGCAAAUUGCAAUGCUCUGCCGAAAGAAGAUAAUGAGAACGAAUACGAAGCAGUUUGUCAGUGCAAAGAUGGUUACAUUGGAGACGGAACAAUGAGCUGUACAUCUGACUUCUGCGGGCUUGGGCGACACAAGUGCGGUGCCUUCGCCGAGUGCAAAACACUUGACGCUUUGUACGAUUACGACUACGAGUGCUAUUGUAUCGACGGUUACGUUGGCUUUGGCUCUAGACAUCGAGACACUGGCGGAAGCGGUUUCAGAAGAGACUGCAUGCCUUUUCCUUGUGACGCCAAAAAUACGCCUCCUACAGAUCCAGACUAUGAAAUCUACCUACCAACAAAUCUGAACGACGGCUUCAAUUGGUAUUCCGCCCAGCAGAUGUGCCAAGAAAAAGGAAUCGGCUGGGACCUGGCCGUGAUCGAAACAGAAGCCGAAGAAGUUUCGAAGUCUUCUGACGACUUUGAAGAUGUCUUUGGCGACCGACCAGUGGUCAUCAACGAUAAGUGGGCGACGGGCGAACCAAAUUUGACUGAAGAAAAAGCUGCUUGUGUCCGAAUGAGAGUCGGUCAAUUCAGCGAUGGCAACUGCCGCGCUUCCCGCUACGGCUCCAAGCAUACGAUCGCUUCGAUGGGCUACGUUUGCGAGCGGCAUGCUGCCAAGCCAGCUCCUGGAAUCCGCUGCGAAACGAAAAACGACAACGAUCGAGUUGAACCGUUCGAGACCAAGGCCGGAUGUCCGGCGCCGUCUUGUUUCGGCGGUAGCGGCUUUCAAAUCGUCGAUGCGUGGAGAAAACGGGACCAGGGAACUUAUGCUUUCAACUAUGGAUUCACAGCGGCUUUUUUUCUCGGGACGGAUGCGCAUGACGCUGAUGGUGCUUCGAUUAUGAUGCGGUUCGCAAGAGGGAAUAGGCAACACAAUAUUCAGACGUGGAACUUGAAGUUCUGGGGAUUCUACAAUGAGAACAGGGAUGUUCUCUUUCAUACAAAGUACUGGUCAACAGAUCGUCUCGAUCGUCGAUCAGUAAUCGUCACAGUCGAAAAUCUCAACACUCCCGAUUAUCCCGAAGUCUUUUUCUGGAAAAACCGCAUCACUCGUCAUCGCUGCUUCAUGCCCGAAUUCGCCCGUUCCAGGCCUCAGUCGCUUGAAAACAUCGCCCGCCACCUCAAACCCGAGCUGGAAGAUUUGGAAGAAAUCCGCCAAGUCAGUUUCCGAAACGGCCGUUUCCGAAAAAUCAAGACCUAA